AUGGCCGAAGGGCUACAGGGCGCCUCUGUGCGACCGACAACACCAAACCAUCAGCAUCGACUACUGAGCACACGCGUGCUUGCCCAAGGACAACCUGUACCAAUCCAGACCUCAACGCACCGGUUUUCCUCGAAUAUCGGCCCUUUGUCACCUGUAAAUCAGAAUGGCAGUUUCGCCUGGGACAGGAUCAUUAAACGUGGAAAGCUAGAGAGAAGAGUGAAGAAGAAGGGCGCAUGGAAGGCCUCGUGGAAGCCGGCUUACCUUGUCCUCAGACCUAAUCUUCUGUCCGUCUAUAAGGAUACCGACGAAACUGAGCUCAGGGCUUCCAUCACCUUGUCAGAUGUGACAGCUGUCGCAACUGUGAAGAAGUCACACCACGAUAAUGUCUUCGGCAUCUUUUCGCCUUCCAAGAAUUACCACUUCUCUGGUGCAAAUGCUCGCGAGACUUCAGAUUGGAUUGCAAUAUUGCGGCUGGAGGCGCAUACAGAAGAGCAGACCGAUCUAAGCCCACCAGACGCUGGCUUCAGACACAUGGAGGGUCAAGGGUACGAUACCACUGAUAUAUCGGCCGACGAGGAUCUGGACGCCCCAGCUUCACCGAAAGUCUCACAGUGGACUAUGAGAGGACAAAAGACACGUCUCAUGCCUCAGGCGAAUUCCGAUCCGAGGAGACUCUCUGGUCUGGCUCCUUAUCCAUCAGGCAAUGAAUCUUUCGUGACCUCGCAGUCAGACUUUUCAGAUGGCCUCGGCAGCUCGUUUCCAGGUCCAAAGAGCUAUCUUUCGAGCUCCACGCCAGUACAGCCCUCCACACUAGCGCCCAUACUGGAUGAUGUCCGCAGCACGCCGAAGCCUGUCUUGAACAGAAAUACAUCCUACCUCUCUGAUACCACUGGACAACCUUUGCCUGGUUCGAAAAAUGGUCCUAAGCCGCAGCAGCAAAUACCCACGCAUGACCCAUCUCGCGUUGUUCGCCAAGGUUAUCUAAAGCUGAGCAAAACAGUUUCCGGGGUCAAACAAUGGAGAUCUAUCUGGGCGGUACUUCGCAUCUCUUCUCUCUCCUUCUACAAGUCAAAUAACGAAUACUCUCCCAUCCUCAUUCUUCCACUAUAUGCAAUUAUUGAGGCCGCAGAAAUCGAGCGCAAAGACAAAUACAAUUGUUUUCAGGUCAUCGGAGAAGAGAAGACGUACAAGCUGCGUACCGAAAGCGAGGACGAGCUAGAAAGCUGGCUUGGUGCUUUCAAGAGUUUGCUUGUCAAGCAAGAAGCAGAGCGAAGUAGCCGAAGCCGUGGACAAAGUAUGAACGGGUUGGUCGAGGCAGCUGGCUCGCAACAAGUACGCCAUCAACGGCCUGUGCAACCACCGAGUAGAGAUGGAAUGAAUAGCAUCACGGCACAGAUGCGAGGUGCAAGCUUCACUGAUGCUCAGCCAAAGAGAAUAGUCAGCCCGCCUGCCACUGGACUGACGAGUGCUCCUGCAUAG